AUGAACACUUGCCAAUUAAAACGACCCACGAAACUAUGCAUUAGCUUAUUACUAGUGUUCAUUCUAAUCAGCAUUGCUGUCAAACUGUUCUCUUCAUUGGAACUUGCGGCAAAAUCACCAGAUAAUAUUGAAACUUUAAUAAUCACUCACCAUAAACAACAAUCAGAUUGGGCUCCUUUUGAUCGUCGAAUAACUCCCCGACAUCUAUUUCAAUCAUUUUUUUCUAUUCAACAAGAUUCGAAAUGGUUAGCUAAACCAACGUUACAUUCACCAACAUUUCAAGAAAUUCAUCGACUACUCUUUGGAUUAAGCGCACCCAAUAUCUAUACCACUUGGCCGAAUUAUUUUAAACAGAAAUCGGAUUCAACAUAUCCACACACAUCUCUAACGCAAUCUAUCUUUGAAAAAAUUCUGGAAGAAGUUGAUAUUCCUAUUAGAUUUGUAGUCGAAGUUGGUAGUUUUAUGGGUAAAUCAGCAAUUAACAUAGGUAAAGUCUUACUUCAAAGCCAGUUCAAUCAAAGCUAUGUUUUACUAUGUAUCGACACAUGGCUCGGUGGUCUCGAACAUUGGGUUCGAGACGAUUUUCGUGAAAUGAUGGGUAUGGCGUAUGGUAGACCAAUUGUCUACGAACGAUUUAUCGCUAAUAUCAUAGAUAGUAAUUUAACAAACCACGUUCUACCGUAUUCAACCACAUCGUUAUUAGGCGCCCGUUUUCUGCUUGAGAAAAAACUCUUCCCUCAAAUCAUUUAUUUGGAUAGUGCACAUUUACAAGGUGAAACAUAUAUCGAACUUGAAUUAUACUGGUCAAUUCUUCAAACUGGUGGUGUCCUUGUCGGCGACGAUUGGGACUGGGAAGCUGUACGAUGUGAUGUUCUCAGAUUUAUCGAUUCGAACCAACUAAAUGUUACUGUAUUAUCAGCAAAAACUUGGUUUAUUAAAAAACUGAUGCGUGUUUAA